AUGAAUCGAAAGUCAAAUAGUGUAGAACUUUUAGAAACAGAAAGUAACACGUUACAAAAAACUCUUCCGCCUGAGAACUUUAGAACUGAUUCUAAAAGUAAUAUACUAAACAAACAGGAUUCAACAGCCUGGGGCAAAACAUCACCUAGUAAAAGUUACGGAUCAUCAAGUUCUACCUCCACAGAAAAUGUAGUGUCGACUUUAGAACGAAAAAAGGUCACAACUGAUACCCUUAUCCCAACUCGCCCUGAUGACCCUCCACUAUUACCGGGAGAAAAGGUAACUGGGCAAGCAAGAGAUGUUACCUACUUAUGUCCUUAUCAUGGACCAGCUAGGGGUAUCCUUACAGUCACAAACUAUAAGCUGUAUUUUAGGUCAGGGGAAAAAGAUAUGCCGAAUAUUAUUGAAGUUGCCUUAGGAGUAGUAACAAGGAUAGAAAAAGUAGGUGGAGCCUCUUCUAGGGGAGAAAAUGCAUAUGGUAUAGAAAUUUUUUGUAAAGAUAUGCGUAACUUGCGUUUUGCCCAUAAGCAAGAAAAUCAUUCAAGGAGGAAUGUUUUUGAAAAGUUACAAAUGUAUGCCUUUCCAUUGUCACACAAACUAAACUUAUUUGCAUUUGAAUAUUCAGAAACUUUUUUGGAAAAUGGCUGGACAGUAUAUGAACCAAUAGCAGAGUUAAAGAGAAUGGGCGUAAAUAAUGAUAUGUGGAAAAUAUCAAAAAUUAAUGAAAAUUAUGAUAUCUGUGAUAGUUAUCCAGCAGUAUGGGCCAUUCCGUAUCAAGUUACAGAUGAUGAUAUUAAAAGCGUAGCAAAUUUUCGAAGUAGAGGUAGAAUUCCAGUACUUAGUUGGAUCCAUCCUGAAUCACAGGCCACUAUAACUAGAUGUUCACAGCCUCUAGUUGGGGUCAGUGGUAAACGUUGUAAGGAAGAUGAAAAAUAUGUCCAGUUGAUAAUGGAUGCUAACGCACAAUCGCAUAAGCUAUUUAUUAUGGAUGCCCGUCCAAGUGCUAACGCUAUAGCGAACAAAGCAAAAGGAGGAGGAUAUGAGUCAGAAGAUGCGUACCAAAACGCAGAAUUGGUAUUCUUAGACAUCCACAACAUUCACGUAAUGAGAGAAUCUUUGCGGAAACUAAAAGAACUAGUAUAUCCCAAUAUAGACGAGGUUAAAUGGUUGUCUGGACUAGAAUCAACUUAUUGGUUGAAACACAUCAAAUGUAUAUUAGCUGGAGCAUUGCGUAUAGUAGAUAAGGUAGAGAGCCACAAAACGUCAGUCUUAGUUCAUUGUUCUGACGGUUGGGAUCGAACCGCCCAGUUGACUGCCCUUGCGAUGUUAUUGCUAGAUCCGUUCUAUAGAACAAUCAAAGGAUUUGAAAUAUUAAUCGAAAAGGAAUGGUUGUCAUUUGGCCACAAGUUCCAACAGAGAGUCGGCCAUGGAGAUGACCACCAUUCAGACGCUGACCGUUCCCCAAUCUUUUUACAAUUCAUAGACUGCGUGUGGCAAGUAACGCAACAGUUUCCAAACGCUUUUGAAUUUAACGAAUCUUUUCUUAUAACUAUCUUGGACCAUUUAUAUUCAUGUAGAUUCGGCACGUUUCUCUUUAAUAGCGAAAGAGAAAGAGUUGUAGACAGUAAGUAUCAGUUUUUGUAGGGAUAUACUAUUGACUUAUUUUCCUCCAGACCUUAGGUCACUUGAAUAUAGACAAAUAAAUUGAUUUAAGAAAAUAUACUAUCAAUAGUAAUAGUUGAGUUCCAAUUAUUGAUCCUGUUAUCGGAAA